UUGAACUUUGAAGAAAGGAAAUCUCUCUCUCUCCUCUCUCUCUCUUCUCUCUCUCGCAGAGAAACACACUAGCUCUGAAAUUUGCUUUUCAAGAACAAUCACGCCAUGGAAGAAAAAAGCCAAGAUACUCUGCCGGAAAAAUACGAAAUCGUUACAGAUCAUGAACUAAAUCCUCCACCGAGUUCUGACCUGGAACUACGGAAGGGCGGCAAGACCAUAACUGGAAGCCAAGAAAUCUUAUUGGAUCAACAGCGGGGCCUUCCAUUGUUGAAGAAGAUUGAUGCCAUGAGCACGACACUACAGAAUUUGAAAAAAGAGCGCAUGAUUCUUUCUGAUGUCGUCAAGGGCAUCAGUGCAGAGUCACUUCUUGGCUCCGAUGUCUUGUCCUCUCUUCAGAUUCUCGGGACUGAACAUGAAACACUGAAGAAGAAGUAUCUUGAGGAAAGCUCUGAGCGAAAGCGACUCUAUAACGAAGUAAUUGAGCUUAAGGGCAACAUAAGGGUCUUCUGCAGAUGUAGGCCUUUAAACCAAGAUGAAAUUGCAAGUGGUUCUUCUUCAGUGGUAGAGUUCGAUCCAUCUCAAGAAACUGAGCUACAGAUUAUAUGUUCUGACUCGUCUAGAAAGCAAUUCAAGUUUGAUCAUAUAUUUGGACCUAAGGACAAUCAAGAGGCUGUCUUUGCUCAGACUUCACCUGUUGUGACCUCGGUGUUGGAUGGAUACAAUGUCUGUAUAUUUGCCUAUGGGCAGACAGGAACUGGGAAGACAUUUACAAUGGAAGGAACACCUGAGAAUAGAGGAGUUAACUAUAGGACCUUGGAGGAGUUGUUUAGAAUUUCCAAAGAGAGAUGUAGUACUAUGAAAUACGAAUUGUUCGUGAGUAUGCUAGAGGUAUACAAUGAGAAGAUUAGGGAUCUUCUGGUGGAGAAUCCCAAUCAACCUCCAAAAAAGUUAGAGGUAAAGCAAGCAGCAGAGGGGACCCAGGAGGUUCCGGGACUAGUUGAAGCUCGGGUAUAUUCCACAGAUGAGGUGUGGGAGCUGCUUAAGACCGGAAGCUGUGCCAGAUCUGUUGGAUCAACUAAUGCUAAUGAACUCAGUAGCCGCUCACACUGUCUGUUGCGUAUAACUGUUAAGGGCGAGAAUUUGAUAAAUGGGCAGAGGACCAGGAGCCACCUUUGGCUGGUAGACCUGGCAGGUAGUGAGCGUCUUGGAAGAAUUGAAGUGGAGGGAGAAAGGUUGAAGGAGUCACAGUUCAUUAACAAGUCCCUCUCAGCACUUGGUGAUGUUAUUUCUGCUCUAGCAUCCAAGACAGCCCACAUUCCAUACAGGAAUUCAAAGCUCACCCAUUUGUUGCAAAGCUCUCUAGGAAGAGAUUGCAAGACUCUAAUGUUUGUACAGAUUAGCCCAAGUGCUGCAGACUUGGGAGAGACGAUUUGCUCACUGAACUUUGCCAGUAGAGUGAGGGGAAUUGAGCAUGGCCCUGCUCGUAAGCAGGGAGAUCCCACUGAGCUUUUCAAGUACAAACAGAUGGCAGAGAAGCUAAAGCAAGAUGAGAAAGAAACAAAAAAACUACAAGACAGUUUGCAGUCAUUGCAAUUAAGGUUUGCAGCCCGAGAACAUCUCUGCAGAAACCUUCAGGAAAAGGUUCGAGACCUUGAAAACCAGUUAGCAGAAGAAAGGAAAGCCAGACUCCAACAGGAAACUAAAGCUGCUGCUCCAUUCACUAAAUCAUCAGUAUUGGCAUCUCAACAACUUGGUCAAAAGGCUGCAACACAGAAGAAACCGCCAUUGGGUCCUUCUAAACCUAGAGUGCCACUGAGAGGAAUCACCAACCUAUUGCCUCCUCCAGCUCCACUUCGCAAAACUGGAAUUACAACAUUUGCCUCAAUAUCAACAGAGGAUAGAGAGAAUUUAUCUAAGAAAACAACAGCAACUUCCACCAGGACUCUGAUGAUGCCAAGGAGGCGGGUCUCGAUUGCUGUCAGACCUCCAGAGACAACAACAACACAGGUUGAGAAGCCCAAGAGGAGAAUCUCGAUUGCAACUCUUCGCCCUGAAUCCCACUUAAAUCCAAUGAUGACGCCWCUGAACCGAUCAAAAAAUGUUGGUGAUAUGGGUCGACGAUCAUUUGCAAAGGAUGCAAGGAUGGUUCGGAGGGUUUCAAGGAUAUUCUCACCGUUACCAGGACUGAGGAAUGCAGCCGCGGAGGCAACACCAGUUGUCUCUAAGAGUAAAUUCUUGGGAAGUCCCCCAACACAGACCAGCUCGUGGAAGCCAAAGCAUCCAACAGUGGUUGCACUGCAGAAGAGACACUUUAUAUGGAGCCCACUUAAGCUGAGAGGUCUGAAAAAUGAUAGAAGGUCCCUACAGCCUUCUUGAUUCACACACAACUAUUACAGAAUCAAGUUUUUAUUUUUAUUUUUUUAACUUGGAUUUUCCCUAUAAUGAAGGUGAUGCUUUCACUUUUAAGUGGCUGUAACUCGUAGGUCAAAAAUCCAUAUUGAGCAUUUGUCCUGAAAUGAUCUAUAAAAUAUAGCUUGAAUGGUGCUGUGUUUUGAUCCCCCAGA